GGUCGCCCAUGAUUCUCGAACUUCAGUGAUCGUUUUAAACGCCGGAGGAUCAGACAUGUCGCAAUAUAAGUACCUCUCGGGCUUCGGAUCUCACUUCUCCUCGGAGGACGAGCGGUAUCCCAACUCCUUGCCGGUUGGCCAGAACUCACCUCAGGUGUGCCCCUACAAGCUCUACGCUGAGCAGCUCUCGGGAAGUGCCUUCACGGCUCCCAGAACCGAGAAUGUGCGCACCUGGCUGUACAGGAAGUUGCCCUCAGCCGUGCACCUGCCAUUCAAACCCUUCGAAGGAGCCAAGUACUUCAGACAGAACUGGGAUGAGCAGCCACCAAAUCCCAAUCAGCUCCGUUGGAAACCCUUUGAUUUGCCAGCAGAGCAGGGAAAGAGGAUAGAUUUUGUGGAAGGUUUGCAUACGGUUUGUGGUGCUGGCGAUCCCAGAUCUCGACAUGGUCUUGCCAUUCACAUCUACUCCUGCAAUGCCUCAAUGGAUAGCUCUGCUUUCUACAACAGCGAUGGGGAUUUCCUAAUUGUUCCACAGCAAGGAGUAUUGGACAUAACCACUGAGCUCGGAAGGAUGACUGUGGCUCCCAAUGAAAUCUGCGUUAUACCUCAGGGUAUACGUUUUGCUAUUAAUGUGGACUCCCCUUCCAGAGGCUAUAUCCUGGAGGUCUAUGAUGGUCACUUUGUCUUACCAGAUCUGGGUCCCAUCGGUGCCAAUGGCUUGGCUAAUCCCAGGGACUUUGAGACACCUGUGGCCUGGUUUGACGAUCAAAAUGGAAAAGACUUCCAGGUGAUAUCGAAAUUCCAGGGUAGCCUCUUUGUGGCCCAGCAAAACCACACCGUCUUCGAUGUGGUGGCCUGGCAUGGCAACUAUGUGCCCUUCAAAUACGAUCUGUCCAAGUUUAUGGUGAUCAACUCAGUGAGCUUCGACCACUGUGACCCCAGCAUUUUUACCGUGCUGACUUGUCCCAGCUUGAGAGCUGGAACUGCCAUAGCCGACUUUGUGAUCUUUCCACCGCGCUGGUCCGUACAGGAGCACACCUUCCGUCCGCCCUAUUAUCACAGAAACUGCAUGAGCGAGUUCAUGGGCCUGAUAUUGGGCAAGUACGAGGCCAAGGAGGAUGGCUUCGCUGCUGGAGGAGCGACUCUCCAUUCGAUUAUGACGCCGCAUGGUCCGGAUGUCAAGUGCUUUGAUGGCGCCUCAAAGGCAAAGUUGGUGCCCGAACGCGUGGCCGAGGGAACACAGGCCUUCAUGUUCGAAUCCUCUCUGAGUUUGGCUGUGACCAAAUGGGGCGAGGAAACUUGUCAAAAACUGGAUGCUGCAUACUAUGAAUGCUGGCAGGCCCUAAGAAAUAAUUUCGAAAAUACUGAAAAUUAAAAAUUAAAAUAUUUACAGCCAUAUUAAAGGAACAUUUAAGUUCAUAAUUAAACGUU